GGCUUAGAUGUGUGUAGAAAACAGCGAUUGUCCGGAGACGCCGCAGCCCGGAGCAGCAGCAGGGAUCGGAGUAGGGAUCGGUGGGACCGGUAGGCGGACAUGUGCAAUGUGCAGCAGGCGGAGGGGGCCACCAGACCGGGGCCCCCGGUGUGCAGGAACCUCUUCGGUCCGGUGGAUCACGCAGAGCUGAGCCGGGAGCUGCGCAGCCGGCUGCGGGAGAUGCGGGAGGAGAGUAGCCGCAGGUGGGACUUUGACUUCCAGAGAGGGGUCCCGCUGCCCAGCAGCCGCUACGCCUGGGAGGAGAGCCGGCUGGAGGCUGUGCCCGCCUUCUACAGGGAGACCCCCGGACACCUGGAGACCCCCAGCCCAACUCAGUGCCCCCGGGGGGAGCCGCCUUGCCCGAGCCCCCCACUCUCCCCGGAGAUCCCCAGCCCCUCACUGUCCCCGGAGCCCCCGCAGCCUGGUCCCACCACCGGCACAGCAUCCAAGAAGAGGUCCCAGCCUGCAGCUCCAAUCACAGACUUUUCCCCAGUGCGAAAAAAGACGAAAGUCCAAGGGCUCUGUGAGAAGUUGCGCUCGUUGUCCCCCAUCCCCACAGAGCACACGCCGCGCAAGAUGUGUCGAUGAACCAGAUUUGCACUUAGAAAAGCUGGCCAAACCUCCGCAAACAUGGAGGCUGGGAGUCGCCGGAUUAUCUCGCUGAGCUGUGAAAAUAAAAAUUCAUUUUUUUCCCUUUAUAUUCUGUGGACAAACAGAGAGAGAGAGAGAGAGAAGGGGACCCUUUGCAUUAAGCCGCCCCUGACCGGGCGUGUGUGCGCUUACGUUUGCUCUUUAUCAUUAUACCCAUUUAAUAUGUGUAUCGUGUUCAGGAGUGUGUAUUUUGCACGUGUGUGCAAUGUAUGAAUACACCAUUGUGUGUGGGUUUUUUGUCUCUUUUAUGUUUUGAGAAGUUUACUAACUUAUAUUAUCUAUUUAUAUAAGUGUGAAUGAGCCUGUUGUGUUUCUCUGGCACGGGGAGAUGCACUAUAUUUACUUAUUUGCAAAGUUUGAAUUUAUUUUAUGAAAAUAUUGAACUGUAUGUAUCUGCAAAAACUGUUGUGCAUUUAUUUUGUAAAAUAUAGCGUCUGUGAAACUCUGCUUAUAAAUGGCGUUGAUCAUGCUAUAGUCUCAAGCAGCCAGGAGGUGGCGCUAGUGCUCACUAUGCAAAAAAACAACAACAAAAAAACAGUUUGUAGCUGCUUUCUGUACGCUGGCGAUGUCUGUAGUACAGUGGCUCAUAUCCUUCCUGGGGGUAUAUUUACUAAAGGUUGAUUUUUGUAUGUUUUUGUUCGAUUUUAGAUCGAUGUUAAACCGAUUUUAAUUGAUAUUGGGCUUCCAGGGUUAAAACACACAUUUACUAACAUUUAAGAAUUAUUAUAAAAAAUAAUCUGCUCGUAAAUGUGUGUUUUAACCCUGGAAGCCCAACAUCGAUUAAAAUCGAACAAAAACGGACAAAAUCGCCCUUUAGUAAAUAUACCCCCUGGUCUUUGAGCUCACAACAGUUUGGAGAGUGGACUCUCUCGCUCUAGAAACCGAGAAUUUGUCUUUACUGUUUGGUUCCCCGACCAGAAGCUGACGUUCUAAUCGGGUCAUUAUUUGCAGAAUUGCUUUUAAGGCUCCAAAAUGUGCCUGUACAAUUCAACAAAGGCAUGGGUUCUGCAAUGACUUUAGUGGUCCCAUGUGCACUAUUGCUUGUGUGGCCCUAGAGAGCACCUGCCGUCUGUCCUAGCCGCUCUUUCUCCAUGCCCUGGAGCACGUGACUGUCCGGUAUAGGGGAAGCUGCCCUGGGAGGGAGCAAAGGGAAUUCUGGCAGCUGCCGCAGAUAUCCUUUCCUGCAAUCUGCUUAUUGCAUUGAUCAUGUGGGGCUACAUAAGGUGAGUGUUCAACCUGCGCCACUCCAUCUGCUGUGACACUACACAUCCCAGCAUGCCUGCCACAGUUUUGCUAUUAGGGCAUGCUGGGAUUUGAUGUUCCACAGCAGCUGUGGGGCUGCCGGUUGAAUACCACGGCUAUAUAAUGUUCCGACCUCCACAGCAGGUUGGCGCUUAGACAGGUCAUGUUCAGCAAAGGAAUGCGUAAGGGGCAAAUGACAACUGGGGCAGGUAUUUGAUGGGGCAAACAGAUGACUGUGUCACAGGGAAGAAAUAACCUAUAACUGACCAAUGAAAUAAUUGCCCACUUCAAUUCAGUGUCAGACCACCCGUGCUCCUACCAGUAAUGCAGUGUCGCUACAGUCAGAGGGCUGGGGACCACUGCUUAAACACGGCGUAUGUACUAUCAGAGUGCGAUCCAGCAGCUCCCAAGUGCCCGGUAUGUGCCAAGCCUACGGUCAUGUGAUGCUCUUCACCCUCCUGCUUCAGCUGUUUGCGUCUUCAUUUUAUAAUCUAUUAAGAGGCCAAAAAGCUGCGGUAUAAAGACGGUGGCAUAGUGGCGUAAGCGUGCAUUUAUAUGUUAUAUAAUAUGGGUAAUGUAAAUUAAUAUUUUAUGUACCUAAAAUGUGCAAAAUUCAGAUACUCAUGAAAACGGCAUAAUUACAAUGUACCACCCAGUACACACACUGGCGAUGGAUUGUUUAUUACGUACAACUAAGUAUUACUGCUUUUAUUACAUACAACGUAUCGGUGACACUGGUGCUAUUUACUGUGCGUUUUGACCAUUUUUGCUCAUCAGCUGAUGCAUGCAUAGGGGAUGAUGGGCACAGUGCCACCUGCAGGUAAUAAGAAGGCACUGCAGAUUAUCCAUGAUUGUCUAUUAGUGAGCAGCCGUAUGUGAGUUCUCAGGAACACAAACAGCUGAUUCGUUGCCAUGGACAUCUGUUCUCCUUCAGCCAUGUUAUUAAGCAAGCCUUUAUGUGCCAGAGGACGGAAUAAAAGGAGCCAGCGGAGCCUUACGGAAGACAAAGGGCCAAUUCAAUGCUAAUGCGUGACGUGGGUUGUGUGUGCUGAGUCUGCAGGGACAGUGCGGCCUAUGUCAGACGUACAAACGCACAACACAAAAGAGCUUUUCUUCUACACUUGUCAUCGUAUGAAUAAUAUGUAUAUUUCAUGUCUCUAUCAUUUGUCAUGCCGGCUUAUCACUGCCUGUGAGCUAGAAUAAAAUAUAAGCAGUUUCCGUC